AUGCUUGCCGUACUCUUCCGCAUCGCCGCGCUUUUGGCCACAGCUCACGCCGCGACGCCGAUGCUCCUCGGUGUCUGGGUCGGCUGGGGCGGGAGCAUCCACAAUCGACGGAUGGCAGGGCCGGACGCUGUCAUUGCUCAGGAGAACGUCGGCUUGCUUGUCAAGACAUGCGAGCAGAGAUACGAACCCGCCGGCGUCAGCGCCUCACCGCUCGUUGUCGAUGGGGUCGCUUACUAUCCGACAUGGACCGGUCUUCUGGUCGCCUUGGACUACAAAUCAUGUCAUGUGCAGUGGACGGCCAACAUUACCCAGAAUAUUUUUGACUUCGCGCCUCUAACUGAUGUCCAACGAGCGUCGGGCGUCAACCCCGUAUCCCGCAGCUCGCCUGUAACUGAUGGCGAUCACCUCUUCAUCGGAACCCUCGCCCAUGCUCUUGUGCUAGCCAUCGACAAAGAGACAGGUUCUCUCGUGAGCCAUCUACAGGUUGAUAACCAUCCAGUCGCUAUGAUCACACAGUCUCCGACUUGGUAUGCAGGCCAAUUACUUGUCGGAGCCUCAUCGUUCGAAGUGAUCAGUGCUUCGCUCACCAACUACAAUUGUUGCGACCACGUGGGCAGCAUGAACUCGGUUGCUCUCGAGGACGGCAAUCUGAGACUACAAUGGAAGACCAUGAUGAUGACGCAACCUCAGAACCUGACAGGCAACCCGUUCUCCGGCGCCUCUGUCUGGGGAUCUAGCCCGGUUGUUGAUACAUCCCGCGGGUCUGUCUACAUUGCCACCGGGAAUACGCAUUCCGUCCCUGACGAGAUUGCCGCAUGCCAGCUCGCCUCCAAUCAAAACGGCACCACUUUCCCCGAUCCAUGUUUACCACCUGACAUCUACCAAGAGUCCGUCCUCGCUAUUGACCUGAAAACCGGCAACAUCAAAUGGGCACGCCAGCUCGGUGUUCUUGAUGUUUGGAACUUGGCAUGUGUGCUCAACCCGCGCGGCGCCGAGUGUCCGCCAGUAGUGGGCCUCGACUCGGACUUCGGCAUGGGGCCGACCCUGGUCCCCGGAGAUGGCGCCAAGACACCUGGCGGCAAAGACUUGAUCGUCAUCGGGCAAAAGAAUGGCAACCUUUAUGGCAUAGAUGCCGAGUCAGGAGAGGUCCUCUGGCUGACCAAGGCAAGUCCCGCGGGUCUCGAGGGCGGUCUGAGCUGGGGCGUUGCUGCGGACGACGUUGCGGUCUAUUUCACCGCCAUCAACAAUGCUCGCACGCCAUACGCCCUCGUCAACGGUCAGACUAUUCAGAAUGCCGCUUUUGGCGCAGCAGCUCUUCUAGAUGGCAAGAUUAUGUGGCAGACGCCAUCGCCUAACGAUACGGCCAGCAUGAUCACUCCGACUGUGGUCAAUGAUGUAGUGGUCACCGGCUCAACGGGCAAGACGGGUGAAAACGGGUUUCCUCAAGGGUCCGGAUCCCUCGUGCCUUUGGACAAGUCGACGGGGGAAGUUGUGAGGGAGGAUCAGUUGGCUGACUUCUUCAAGGGCGGCGUCGCUGUUGUGCAGAACUAUCUCCUGUUCGGUACGGGGUAUUGGAGUGGACUGCAGCCACCCUUUGCCGGCGGGUUUGAAGUGUGGAGGGUUGACGAAGAACUAGACUAA